AUCUUGCUAGUGACACUCGAAUCGUGGUCAAGCCGCAUGAUGAGGUCGGUUUCUCGCCGAAAAUUCACCAGAAUUUAUAUCAAUGACAAUAAAAAUCGCACGUUGUGAAAUUACUGAUAAGAGGAGUUCAACUUUGGUGCAAAGUUCAACGCAAUUGCUCCUAACCUAUACCCAAAUCUAAAUCGUUCUAAUUGAGAGUUUUACAUGUGAUUUUGCUAAUACUAACCGGAAACGAUCCGAUGUUUAAACCACGGACUUCAUUUAAGGAUAUUAUUUUAGGGAUCAAAAAUGUGGCUACAACGUCGGAACCCCCCUCGAAGAAUUCGAUUAAAAUUGAUAAGGUUUUAGUUCUGUCGAAAUUGUCUCGUUACGAGUUCGAAAAAAAGCAAUCAAACUUGAGCACCGACGCCGAUUUCGAGCAAGAACUCCGAAGUCGAGGCACCGAUUUCGAAUGGCUGAUACAUUGCCACAUGUUGCACAAAAAGUUCGAAAGCAACGUCGUGAACACAUUUCGAAAAAUGGGAAUCGACGUGGAAGUGGCCAACAGAUUUAACUACACGCAGGAGAAGGUGGACUGGGCGGACGUCAUCGUGCCCACGGGGGGCGACGGCACCUUCCUCCUGGCCUCCAGCCGCAUCCGCGACAGCACCAAGCCCGUCAUCGGGCUCAACUCCGACCCCAACCGCUCCGAGGGCCACCUCUGCCUCCCCAAGAAAUACUCCGGGGACGUGCGCAGCGCUGUGGAGAAGCUGCGCAGCGGGGAGUUUGACUGGCUGCUCCGGAGUCGAAUCCGGGUGAAGCUCAUCAGCCAGAAGGGCGACAUCGUCCCCAAGUGCCUCCACGAGAUCGAGGACAACUUCGGGAAAAUCCAGGGGAAAAUCCUCCCCGUGUUGGCCUUGAACGAGGUUUUUGUAGGAGAGUCAAUCUCGUCGCGAGUCUCCCACUUGCAGAUGAGACUCAACGGCUCCGUGGAGCAGACGGGCAUCAAAUGUUCCGGAGUUUGCGUUUGCACCGGAACCGGAUCCACUUCCUGGCAUUUGAGCAUCAAUCGACUUCCGGUGCAAAGCGUCGCAGAGUUGCUCAAACUCGUCGAAGUGAAGUCGGGCGAAGAACGGGAUGUUUUAGCGGCGAAAAUCGCCGAUUGUUACAACAAAAACCUCGUUUUCAGACCUGAUGACACGCGGAUGUGCUACACGAUCCGGGAUUUGAUCUCGGCCGGGGUUUGGCCCUAUCCCAAGGGAAUCAAGUCGCGGGAUUUUAUCACAAAACUGGAGAUUAAGUCGAAUUGCUAUAAGGCGAGUCUGGUCAUAGAUGGCGGCGUUUCGUUCGAUUUCAACGAUGGCACGAUUGCGUUUCUUGAAAUCAGACCAGAGGAUUCCUUACGAACUGUCAUUCUGCGGCCCUAAUUCUAAGCAUCACUGUCUUUUUUGUACAAUAAAGUAUGUUUAUUCACACUA